AGGGCUGAGGGAACCUGUACAAGCUAUACAAGCUCAACCCAGUAAGGUAGCCUGGGGCGCUGGAGGCAAAGCAUGAUUCAGAGCCUGAGAGCCCAAGUCUGUGUUAGGAGAUUUCUUCCCAGCUACCUCUGGACUCAAAACCAGUCCUACGCAGGAGGGAGCGAUGAACACAAGCUCUAGAAAAUUUCACAAGGUCCUCCUUUGACAUGUCAAAGAGGAACGAAAGAGAGCUCCAUCUGCCCUCCAGGACUCCAGCCAUGACCUUCCUCUCCACAAGCGCCUUCAGUCCACUCGCCUUCUCCCUGGGGCUGCUCCUGGUGGUGGCUACUGCUUUCCCUACCCCGGGACCCCUGGGAGGAGAUGCCACCUCAAAUAGACUACCACUCACCUCUGCAGACAAAAUGGAAGAACUCAUUAAGUACAUCCUCGGCAAAAUCUCUGCACUGAAAAAGGAGAUGUGUGACAACUAUAACAAAUGUGAGGACAGCAAGGAGGCACUGGCAGAAAACAACCUAAAUCUUCCGAAACUGGCAGAAAAAGAUGGAUGCUUCCAAUCUGGGUUCAAUCAGGAGACCUGCCUGACAAGAAUCACUACUGGUCUUCAGGAGUUUCAGAUAUACCUGAAAUUCCUCCAGGACAAGUAUGAGGGUGAUGAGGAAAAUGCCAAGUCUGUGUACACCAGUACUAACGUCCUGCUCCAGAUGCUGAAGCGUAAGGGAAAGAAUCAGGAUGAGGUAACCAUCCCUGUCCCAACCGUAGAAGUUGGCCUGCAGGCUAAGCUGCAGUCACAGGAAGAGUGGCUGAGGCACACAACAAUUCACCUCACCCUUCGAAGGCUGGAGGACUUCCUUCAGUUCAGCCUCAGGGCUGUUCGGAUAAUGUAA